CUGGGCCGUCAGAGCCUGUUGUGCUUCCUGCGUCCCAGCCCCGACCCCCCUGCCUGUACUUCCCAGGCUAGCCCUCUCUGGGCUGCCACUGUCUGGUCAUUGGUCUGUCUCCCCCACUUCCCUAGGGACCCAGUGAGGGUAGAAUCUGAGGCUAUCUCAGUCCCUGCUAUGUCCCAGCAUCACCCAGCCCCAGAGUUGGGCACAGAAAGAUAUCAGUGAAUAUUUGUUUGUUGCAUAGAUAAAUGAAUGGGUUCCAAAGUUGCUAUCAUAGUCCCAUGUUACUGAUGAGGAUACAGAGUUCCAGGUAAUUCAGGUGAUUUAUCUAAGUCAUACAACUAGUGAGAAAAUAAGCAGGUAUUUGAAUCUGGGCAGCUUGCAUCCAUAGCCUGUGUUCUUAUCCAAUAUGCCAAAUGCCUAGCGGUCUGAAAACCAGCCUUCCACGAGGUUGUUAUCUUCCUGCUCUUUCUCCCAGACUUGUUCUUUCCUUCUAGAAAGGUUUAGGAGCUUUGGGCAUGGGAGAGGAGAGCAAGCAGGAGGAUUGGGAGGGUAAGGGGAGUGCGAAGAAGGGAUUUGAAGGAGACAGUGGGGAGGUCUUGAGGGGUUUCUCUAGACCCAUAGGGGGCAGCCGGAGUCGGCUACCGGAGGUGCGGGGGCGGAGAAAGAAUGGGGACCAGCCCCGCGGGGGGGCGAUGCGGUAGCUGCAGCGGCGGCCGCAGGAGUUUCCCACAAUGCAGCGCGGCGCGCUGUCCCCGGUGCUGAUGCUCAGCGCUGCCCCGGAGCCUCCGCCGUGCCCGCCUCCCGCCCUUUCCCCGCCGGGCCCCAGCCCCCGCCAUGGGUCGGCUCGGUCCAGUCCUGCCCCAGAGCCGUCGGGGGGCCUGGGUGCGGCUCUCGACAGCAGCCUGCGGGCCGCCGUGGCGUUUAAGGCGGAGGGUCAGCGCUGCUACCGAGAGAAGAAGUUCCGGGAAGCCAUCGGCAAGUAUCAUCGGGCACUGCUGCAACUGAAGGCGGCGCAGGGGGCCCGCCCUGGAGGCCUGCCCGCUCCCGCCCCCGCCCCCGGGCCCGCCACCAGCCAAGGGCCAGCCCGCCUCAGCGAGGAGCAGCGGCGCCUGGUGGAGAACACGGAGGUGGAAUGUUAUGACUCUCUCACUGCCUGCCUGCUGCAGUCGGAGCUGGUGAACUACGAGCGGGUGCGCGAGUACUGUCUCAAGGUGCUGGAGAAGCAGCAGGGCAACUUCAAGGCGACCUACCGCGCCGGCAUUGCCUUCUACCACCUGGGCGACUAUGCACGUGCUUUGCGCUACCUGCAGGAGGCCCGCAGCCGGGAACCCACAGACACCAACGUCCUGCGCUACAUCCAGCUGACUCAGCUGAAGAUGAACCGUUGCAGCCUCCAGCGGGAAGACAGUGGGGCUGGGGCUGCGUCCCGGGGUGUCACUGGCUGAGGCCAACUUGGGGGGACCGUUCCUACCCCCACUGCCCCCCACCUCACCAUGUAACUUCCCCUGACUCAUGUGUUUGCUGGUAAAGCACUUGUCGCUGGUGACCAUAA